UUUAAAUUUUAAAUAUAAUUUGUUUUAUUAUAAUUACGAGUGUUAAUUUUUUUAAUAACACUUAAAUAAAAAUAUAUUAAGAAAACCAGUUGUAAUAUAUAAAUGAAGUGAAAAUCUUUUGUCGAUUUUAUAAGUUUUAGCUAAGACGAGCUUUGCUCUGCCUGCAAGAAUCAAGUUUUAGGCCGAAGCGCUGAACAUGGUGAACUCAGUUUGAAUUCAUCAGCCCAACUCAGAGGAAACUAACAUUUUCUCAUAUUAAGAGAAUCUUUCUAGUAGCUUCUCAUUUCAAAAGUUUUCGGCCCAAAACAUCACUUCUCCAAUACUGAGGACAUAAGCUUGCCAUUCGUGGUUUCGUCUGAAGCUCGUAGCACUUGCUUUUCCAUUUUGCUUCGAUUCAAGAUAUGGGUAAGCUUUGUUCUUCCUUAAUUUCCCGUUCAAUUGUUAAUGGUGGAAGGAAUCCUUCUAAUUUCCACUCUUCUUGUUCUUUUAAAACUGUUGCUACCCACAUCAAUGCUUUAAGUAAGAAUUUCAUGCCUGCGAGGGGAAAGCCAAAAAAGUAUGAUAGUUUGGAUAAUGUUGAUGAUGCUUUGUUUUUGUUUAAUAAGAUGAUUCACAAGUACCCAAUGCCUUCUGUUGUGGAAUUCAACAAAUUAUUAGGAGCCAUUGUUCGAAUGAAACGUUAUGCCGUUGCUGUGUCUAUGUGUAAGCAGAUGGAAUUCUUCAGAGUUUCCCCUGAUGUGUAUACUUUGAGCAUCUUGAUCAAUUGCUUUUGUCGAUUAGGUCAAAUUGAUUGUGGGUUUUCUGUUUUGGGGAAAAUGCUCAAGUUAGGUGUUGGACCCGAUGUUGUAACUUUUUCCACUUUGAUUAAUGGACUUUGUAAUCAAAGUAAGAUUUCUCAGGCUGUCACUUUGUUUGAUGAAAUUAUCGAAAAAGGGUAUGAGCCUGAUUUAAUUAUUUACACUACCAUACUUAAUGGAUUGUGUAAGACCGGGAAUACCGAUCAAGCUAUUUGGUUUCUAAGGAUGAUGGAAGAAAGAGGUUUUGAACCCAAUGUUGUAGCAUAUAGCACAGUCAUUGACUGUCUUUGUAAAAACGAGUUACUAAAUGAGGCUCUCAAUCUCUUCUCCGAAGUGAAGGUUAAGGGCAUUAGACCAGAUAUCUUUACUUACAAUUGCUUAAUUCACGCUAUGAGUAAUUUGGGUGAGCAUAAGAAGACAACAAGGCUUUUGAAUGAGAUGGUGGAUAACAAUAUUUCACUUGAUAUCUACACAUAUAAUAUAUUGAUCGAUGCACGUUGCAAGGAGGGGAUGAUUUCAGAAGCUGUAGAAAUCGUUGACACAAUGAGAAAGCAUGGCAUUGAGCCUAAUGUUAUCACGUACAAUAUAUGCAUCGAUGCAUGUUACAAAGAAGGGAUGCUUUCUAAAGCUAAAGAUAUUGUUGACACAAUGAUAAAGCAAGGCAUUGAGCCUGAUGUUGUUACCUAUAGUUCAAUAAUAGACGGCCUUUGCUUGCAAAAGCAAAUGGAUAAAGCUAAAAGAGUAUUUCAGUUGAUGAUUGAGAAGGGUUGUGCACCUAACAUACGUAGUUACAACAUUAUGAUCAACGGAUAUUGCAAAGCUAAGAGGUUGGAUGAAGCAAUGGAACUCUUUGAUGAAAUAACUCAAAAUGGACAAAUCCCUGAUAUAGUGACAUACAACACUCUUAUGCAAGGUAUGUGUCAAUUAGGGAGAGUUUCUACUGCAUGUAAACUUUUGAGGACGUUGCUUGCUUCUGGGCCAGUUCCAGAUCUAGCAACAUGUUCGAUUUUGUUGGAUGGUUUAUGCAAAAGGGGUAAACUUGAAGAGGCAUUGAAACUUUUUCGAGCAAUGCAGAAGAGUAGAUUGGAAGUUGAUAUCAUCUCUUAUAGUAUCUUAAUUGAUGCCUUGUGCAAAGCUGGGAAUAUUGAAGCUGGAAAGGAGUUAUUUCAUGAACUGUUAGUCAAUGGUUUAAAACCCAAUGUUUAUACAUACUCUAUAUUGAUUAACGGGUUCUGUAGAGAGGGAUUGCCUGAUGAAGCAUACCAGUUGUUUAGGAGCAUGAGAGACAAUGAUUGUUUACCUAAUAGCUGCUGUUAUAAUGCAACGAUCCGGGGAUUUCUUCGAAACAGCUAUACCUCGAAGGCAACUGAACUUCUUACAGAAAUGGUGAGUAAGGGCUUUUCUGCAGAUAUAUCAACUUCCACCUUAUUUCUGGAUCUUAUCUUACGAUCUAACGAGUCAAUCUUGAUCUGAAAUGUUUCAGAGAUAGUGUAAAGAUUGACACUUGUGAAUGUGAAUAAAUUUAUUCAUAUUAUACUGCCAUGACUUCAUUCUUCACUUUGUUUGAUGGACUUUAGAUAUUAGAAGUUGAAGCAUUUGUGAGUAAUGAAAAAUGCAAGGUAGGAAAGGUGAAGUAAUUUGAUUGUAUAUGCCAUGAAAUCAAAAGUUAAAAAGUUUUGGUGAA